CCUGACACAUAAAAUAAAAGUUCAAACUUAUUAACUCCUCACUACCUCCAACCUUAUAUUUCUCUCUUCUCUCUCAAACAAUACAAUCUUACUCUAGAUUUCAGCUUUGAUGUCUACACAAUCCUCUAUCCAAGAUAGACAUAUAUAAACCUAAUUCUUUGAGGUUGAAUAGGGUUUAAUUUCUCUUUUGUAAUUCAUUCCGUCUAUUGAGGUCUUGAAUCCCAUGUUAAAUCUUAACUCAAUCAAGUCACAUAAGCCUUGUUUAUAUGAGUGCAACUUUUAAUUCUCUACUCAUCAGGAAACCAAGACUUUGAUCACAAGGGUCUAUACACCUUAGCUUAAUUAACCCUAGCUCAAAAAAUUAGCCAACUUUCUUCUUCCUUAAUUUCUUGAUCAAGUAGUUAAAAAUGAGGAGUGGAGGUUGCACAGUGCAACAAGCUCUAACAUCAGAGGCAGCAAAUAUAGUAAAACAAGCUGUGGUGCUAGCGAAACGUCGCGGCCAUGCCCAAGUGACACCUCUCCAUGUAGCCAACACCCUACUCUCUUCUUCUUCUGGCUUACUUAGGAAAGCAUGUCUCCAGUCUCAGACUCAGUCUCAGUCUCACCCCCUUCGUUGUAAAGCCCUUGAGCUUUGCUUCAACGUGGCCCUCAAUCGCCUUCCUACAUCUUCCUCUUCUUCUAGUAGCCCCAUGUUAUUAGGCCCUUAUAAUCCUCAUCAGAAUCAACAUCAACAUCAACAUCAACAUCCUUCCAUUUCUAACGCGCUUGUGGCCGCCUUCAAGCGUGCUCAAGCUCAUCAGAGGAGAGGGUCAAUAGUAGAGAAUCAUCAUCAACAACAACAACAACAACCUCUUCUGGCUGUGAAGAUAGAUCUUGAGCAACUCAUUAUUUCUAUCUUGGAUGAUCCUAGUGUGAGUAGGGUCAUGAGAGAAGCUGGCUUUUCUAGUACUCAAGUCAAAACCAAUGUUGAACAAGCUAUAAUUUCACUAGACCUCAUCUGUACUACUUCUCAAAGUCCUUCUCCUUCAAGUAAGCCCAAAGAAAACAACAACAACAACAACCAUGUAUUCCUUUCUCAUGAUCAAAGUGGUGGAUUAUUAAAAGCAAGUUGCAACAAAGUAAGUAGUACUCCUAAUUCUUUUGCACAUGUUAAAGAUGAGGAUGUGAUGAGUGUCGUGGAAAGUCUAAAGAACAAAAGGAGGAAAAGUAUUGUGAUAGUUGGUGAAUGUAUUGACAGCUUAGAAGGAGUGAUUAAAGGAGUGAUGGAUAAGGUUGACAAUAUAAAUGGAGAUUUUACUAUUGAUGAAUCUUUGAAGGAAAUUAAACUCAUAAGUGUCCCUCUUUCAAGUUUUGCUAAUCUCACAAGAGAAGAAGUUGAGCAAAAAAUAGGAGAAUUGACUUGCCUUGUGAAAAGUCUAGUGACCAAAGGAGUUCUUUUGUACUUGGGAGAUCUCAAGUGGAUUACUGAUUAUAGGGCUAAUAGUAACAAUAAUUCAAGUUACUACUAUUCUGUGGAACACAUGAUCAUGGAACUCGGGAGAUUGGUUUGUAGUAUUGGUGAAAAUGGAAAAUUUUGGCUUGUGGGAAUUGCAACAUUUCAAACUUACAUGAGAUGCAGAAAUGGUCAUAAUUCAUUGGAAUCUAUUUGGGGCCUGCAUCCUGUUACUGUUCCUACUGGCAGUUUGGGCCUGAGUCUCAACUCUGACAGUGAUACACAACUUGAACUUAGACGCAAGGCAUCUGAAAAUGGAUCUUGUGGGAUGAUUAUUGAUAGUGGAGAUCAUUAUCAUGAGAAACAAUUGACUUGUUGCGCUGAUUGCUCUUCCAAGUUCAAAGUAGAAGCAUUGAGCUUACAACAAAACAAUGCUUCUAAUAUUGAAUCUUCAACAUUGUCCUCAAAUUUACCUUCAUGGCUUAAAGAUGAGAGGCAAAGACUUAAUAGUAAUCAUCAUCAUGAACAGAAGAAUGUGUCAAUUGAACAACUCUGCAAGAAAUGGAAUUCAAUAUGCAACUCGUCUCAUAAAAAAACCAAGAUGUUUGAAAGAAGUUUAACCUUUCCUUCUUCAACAUCGCCUUCUUCAAUAUUCAAUUCGCCAUUUCUUGAUCCAGAAGUACACACAUGGAGGGAGAAAAAUGAUAAUACACGCGAAACAAGUCUGAGAAUCUACAUUCCUGAGCACAGUGAUGGUGAGCCUAGAAACGCAUUUUCUUCAAGUAAUCCGAAUUCUACUCCUAAUUCCGCUUCCUCAAGUGAUCAAAUCAUGGAGAUGGAUUACUAUACUUCAAUGUUUAAGGAGUUCAAUUUAGAAAACUUGAAGAUUCUUACCAAUGCAUUGGAGGAGAAAGUGCCAUGGCAGAAAGAGGUCAUUAGAGAAAUUUCAGGGACAAUAUUGCAAUGUAGGUCAGGAAUGAUAAAAAGAAAUGGUGAAAUCAAAGAGGACACUUGGUUAUUUUUCCUAGGCAAUGAUGUUCAAGCAAAAGAAAAAAUUGCAAGGGAAUUGGCUAAGGUUGUGUUUGGUUCUUAUUCGCGAUGCACAUCGAUUGCUCUGAGCAGUUUUUCUUCCAUGAAGUCGGAUUACAAAAGGUCGCGAGAUGAACAAAGUUGUAGCUACAUUGAGAGAUUUGCACAAGGGGUUUCUUCGAAUCCUCAUCGCGUUUUCUUCGUGGAGGAUGUGGAACAAGUGGACUAUUGUUCUCAAAGGGGAAUCAAGAAGGCAAUUGAAAGAGGGAAAAUUACAAAUUCAAGAGAUGAAGAAGUGAGUCUAAGGGAUGCCAUUAUCAUUUUGAGUUGUGAUCAUGAGAGUUUUAUUAGUUCUAGGUCAUCAAGAGGUGUUUCUCCUUGUGAUGGAUCAGACAAUGAGGAAAUUAAAGGGGCAAACGCAAUGGAGGAAACUAGGAGUAUUAGUCCUAAUUGUGUUUCUUUGGAUUUAAACAUCUCAAUUGAUGACCAUGAAACUAGUGUUGAUGAUCAACAGUACAAUCUUGAUGAUAUUAGGCUUCUUGAUAGAGUUGAUAGAUGCAUUAUGUUUAGAAUUCAAGAAAUGUAGGAGAAUCAAUUAAUUAAACGCCUUAUGUAUGAUUAUGUGAUGAGAAAAUUUUCCUUAUCCUUGUCACUUUUCUGUG